CGAAGGAGUUACCAGAUAAUCCUCUCCCCCCUUUCUUCCCCGAGAAAUACACCCAUGACACGGCGGAUUUGAUCUCAGGAGGUGAUCUCACGUUCACCGGGAGUCAGAAUCUCACUUUGGGUCCCAUCCCUCCUUCCCUUCCCCUCCGCCCCUGCCACUCAUCACAGAGCUGGUUGCCAUGGAGAACUCCUCCGUGGCGUCUGCGUCGUCCGAGGCAGGGAGCUCACGCUCGCAGGAGAUUGAAGAGCUGGAGCGCUUCAUCGACAGCUAUGUCCUGGAGUACCAAGUGCAGGGGCUGCUGGGAGACAAGGCCGACGGAGACCUGGAUUUGGACAAUGGUGGCAAGACGCCACAGUGGACAGAGGACUGCAAUGACAAGAAAGAUGGCAGCUGGUCAUCUUCUCGAGGGAGGGGCUCAUCCAAGCCAGAUGAGUGGGAACACAGUAGCAACGGCAGUACAGGGUCGAGGCCCAGCUCAGGCUCCAGACCAGGCUCUGGCUCCCGAUCUGGCAGCAGGGGCCGAAACAACCAGUUCAAAGGCCCCGCCAAGAAUGGCAACAGAGAUGGCUCCUUUGACAUCCUGGGGACAGACAUCUGGGCUGCCAACACCAUGGACUCACACGGAGGUGCAGGCUGGGACGUGCAGCCAGAGAAGCUGGACUUCAGCCAGUUCCACAGGAAACACUUCAGAGGAACGCCAAAGCACCUGCCACACAUCGACCGAGAGGGGAUGAAUAAAAGCAAUUUUGAGGAUGAUGACGGCAUAGACAUGAAUGACAUAGAGAGGUUUCUACCCCACCUGCACUCAGCCUUCCCGCCUCUGCCUAAUGAGGCCGAGAUUGCGCACACCAAAAAGCUCUUCCGUCGCAGAAGGAAUGACCGACGAGUGGGUGGUCAGUUCAGCCGGGACCAGCUAACCAUACUACUGCCAACUGGCCCUGGGGGAAAGCGACAAGUCUCAGCCAGGAGACAGCAGCGAAUGCAGGGAGGAGGCGGCGGUGGAGGAGGAAAGAACCAAAUUCAGCAGCAGUCGCCACAGCACCAGAGGGAUCAGUCCCAGCAGCAGUCUCCAAACCUACAGCAGCAGAAUUUAACAGAGCAGCUGGGAGACAACAGAAACAAUGGCAGUGGUAGGCCCCCUCGUCAGCAUCAAGGAGUGCACGGGCAGCGACAAGGAGGGCCCCCACACCAUGGCUACAGCCAGAACCGCCGCUGGCACCACAACCAGAAGGGGCAAGGGCAGGGGUAUGGACAGACAAAGGAUAAAGGAGUACCAUCAAGAACAACCAAAGAGAAAGAGACUGAGAAUGUAAAAGUGGGUGAGGAGCAGAGCAAACUGCCACCGGAGCCUAGAGAUUGCAACAGCAAGAAUCCUGGUGAAUCACCCAAAUCUGCGUCAACAGCCAGUCAAAACACCUACCCAGACCAGACAGUUAAUCAGGAGUCUACCAGCCCACUAGGAAGUGGGAGAACAAGCGAGGGCCAGUUGGAGCAGCCCAAAGUCAGCCUGCUGCAGUCAUCGAAAGAAAGGCUGAGGAGGAGGCUAAAGGACAAGGAGGAGACAUGUGUGCAGUCGGCAGGCCCUGGAGCCCAGCGCAUGGACCGGCUGGUGGACCUUCUCAACAGCAUGAGGAGCAACAGCAGCGGGGUGGAGCAGCAGCUGGCCUCGUUCAUGGAGGAGGCGCAGUCCUCGGCACGCUGCGAGGAGACCCUCACGCAGGUCGUCAGCACAAUCUACUCCAAGGCCGUGUCGGACCGGAGCUUCGCCACCACGGCGGCCAAGCUCUGCGACAAGAUGGCGCUGUUCAUGGUGGAGGGGACCAAGUUCAGAUCGCUGCUGCUCAACAUGCUGCAGAGAGACUUCUCCCAUCGGGACGACCUCCAGCAGGCCGACGUGGAGAGGUGGCUGGGUUUCAUCACUUUCCUGUGUGAGGUGUUUGGUACCAUGAGGAGCAGCGCCGGGGAGCCGUUCAGGGUGCUGGUCUGUCCGAUUUACACCUGCCUACGAGAGCUGUUGGAGUCCACAGACGUGAAGGAAGAUGCAGUCCUCUGCUGUUCAAUGGAGCUGCAGAGCAUUGGCCGUCUCUUGGAGGAGCAGCUUCCAGAGAUGAUGACAGAUCUCCUCGCGGCAGCCAGGGACAAGAUGCUUUGUCCGGCCGAAUCUCAGCUCACCCGCUCCCUCCUCAUGGAGGUCAUUGAGCUGCAUGCACAUCGCUGGAGCCCCCUGGAGGCUCUCACCACCCAGUACUACAACCGUACCAUCCAGAAGCUCACCACCACCACCUAGGUGCCAGCCCCCACAGAGGAGAGGAGACAGCCCGCAGUGCCCCUGGAAAUACCUUUCAUUUGUCUCAGUCUGAUUCCCUAAAUCUGAAUCCCUAUAAAAAAAUAAACCAUGCUCUGGUCUCAACUUUGCCAGUCUUUAGGCCGCGGGCCUCCAAGCCUCAAGUCUUGACAAAGAUACUACAGCAGAACAGCCCACUAGUAUAAGACCACCAGUCCAACUUUGGCCAGGAAUAUACAGCCAUGUACCACUGAGAGCUGGACGUCUCCAGGGUUUUGUACCAACCAAACACUACAGUCAAGUCAUUUCACUGAUUAUCUCACCUUCAGGAACUUAGUAGUAGUGCAGACUUUGUUUGCACUGAAAUCCUGGAGUCCUGGCCCGCUGUGGUACAUGGCUGCCCGUCACUGGUCUGGACUAACUGGUCCAACAGUACACUCUAAUCCCUGGAUAGACCAGCAGGUCCAAGCUUUGUCCCAAAUCCGAGCCCAAAACCUCCACUCCCAGAGCAAUUCUCUCUCUCCCAGUGCUCUUAGCUUUAGCUCAGUGAUCACCAACCUUUCAGAAGAAACUAGCAGUUUACAGUCAAAAUUAAAGGAAAGAUCUACCUCACGGGAAAGUUUUGAUAAAAGCCCCUAUUGGCCUUGUGUGGCUACAUUUGUAUCUUUCUAUACUGGCAUGUCACAUGACAAGAACGCAUCUCCCUUUUCUCAUUGAGAUUCCAGUAGGAGAGCCUAAUCUACAGCGCUGAGCUUUGAAAAACUAAGGACACCACCUGAAAAGUUUGUCUUUAUUUAUUUAUAUACAUAUAAGGUUGUCUGGUCUUCAUUUCCAGACUAUCGACAGAUAACACUGAGAAGUUAUACACAUUUAACAAAACUCAACAGAAAUGCAAUUUCUUCUUUCACCGUCUCACUAUUUGCUAGAGCUGCAGCUUCAGUAGUUGGUGUCGCCCCCUUUCUUGCGAAUGUCUUUUCUCCCUCACUGACUUGGGGGAAUUUGUGCCCGCUCAUUGCUACAGAGGUGUGUCAAACUCUGUGAUGUGUUUUCCUGUCCGCUCAGGGCCCCUGACGCUCUCAGGAAGUGUCAGGGGUUGAUAGCGUGUCAACAAGCGGCGAGUGAAAUAGGUUAAAGAGCCUGUUGCGUCACAACUCUUUUCACAACCUGUACAAAAUCGGCGUUGAUUUAUAGCAUUAACGUUCGAAAAAUACCAUACACCGGAUUGUUUAUGGGCUCUGAAAAGCAAAUGUCCUGGCUUUGACUCAGUGAGUGCAUUUUUCUUAUUGAAUUAUUAUUCUGUGGAUUUGCUUUGAGUGUUUUGGAUCAUUAUCCUGUUGCAAGAUCCAUUUUUGGUUCAGCUUCAGUUUUUUGACAGAUGGCUCCACAUUCUCCUCAAGUGUUCUCUGGUACAUUGUGAAAUUCAUGUUUGACUCAGUGACAGCAAUCUGGCCAGGCCCUGAGGCAUCAAAAGCAGCCCCAAAUCAGAAUGCCAUUAAUACCAUGCUUUACAGUCGGCGUAAGGCUCCUCUGUCGGGAGGCGUGAGAUGUUAUGUAAAACCAAAGCUCCCCAGAUUUCUGCUAAUUGUGUAAUUUUUCUAAUGAUCUUUUAAUUAUUUGCUCCCUUUUUGGUUCAAACGAUCCAAUUGCAAGUCCAAUUGAAGUUAUAGUUAUUUUUAUGAGAAGAUCAGUGUACGAUUUUCCACACAAGGAAGUUGCAUUUCUGUUUAGUUCCAUGAGCAAUUAUUCAAAUCAGACAAAUAUGUCCCAAAAAAUGCAAAACUUUUCAUGGUGGUAUACAUACCAUGGUGUAUUAAUAAGAAUUCAUCAUAGGAAUACAUGUACAGACACAGAUGGAGAAAUUUGAUCAUGUGCUGUAACAGCUCUUACACACAUUGAGCCCAGCAAUCUGGCUUGAAUACAGAACUCAGGCUCACCUAUUAAUGUGCACUCAGUAGUGUCACUCUGCUUCCACACUAUUUUACCAUUCCGCCGCCAUUUCAUUGGAUCGUCCACAGUGGCACCUCAGUGGCCCGGUCCCCGUCGCCGGCUCAGCACUAAAACCAGAUCGGGCCACGCGAUGCGCGUCCUCGAAUCGUGCGAUCAACGCUUCAUGUGGUUAUUGUUCUGAAUUCUAUAAUUAGAUAAUUCCUUCAAGAUUGGUGACCACUGCAAUAAACAAACCGUAAAAAAGUCAAUAAACGGCUCGCCGCGGGCCAACGUGAGCACAGAGGGAUGCGGCUUUCAAACAGCCAGAGCACAUGAGAUGCAGAUCGAGAGGAGGGUGGCCAGCGGGGGCGUGCUUGGCCUGCGCAGACUCCGGGAGCCGGGCUGCGGUCGGAGAGGGGGGAAUGGGCGAAGAGGGGUCAUGUAGCGGAAAGGAGGAAAGGGCAGCAGCUUGUCCACAGGGAAUAGAGAGAUCUUUACCCCAAAGAUGAAUGGAGGGGGGGGUUAGAGUACUCCAUGUCAGUCCCUCCAUUGUGUUCAUUUGCCCACCACCCUCCCCUCUCCGUGUCUCUCUCUCUCUCUCCUCCCCCUCCUCUGUCUCCCCAUCAGCCCCUGGGGUCUGUGUGGCUGAUAAAAGAGCGGAGGAGGGGAGAGCAGACACGGUGCUGUCUGUCUGGGCCGUCUGCCUCCCCGGGCCAGGCACCGGGUCAAAGGGCCUUGCCGUGGGGGCCGCGCUCCAAAGCUCCCACAGCUUCUCCCGCCUUUGUCCCCCCCGCAGCAGGAAGUCUUUCUGCGAGGAUGAGACAGCGGGCCUGCUGGCCUGGCCUGGGCUAAGGAAAAGGAUCAGGCUGGCUAGCGCAGGGUGGCAGAUGGCCGCUUGAGCCCUUGUGAGACGACACACUCCGAGCACACCCCUCCAUCCUCCCCCCAGCUCCCCGCGGCCCGAGCGCAGGCCGGGCCACCAAUAGAGGCAGGAGAAAGGCGCUCGAUGCGGGACGGAGCUGGAGGGCGGGGGGUCGGUCGAGGGUGUAGAGAAGCAUUAAAACAGACUCUGCUUUCUGGGGUUUCUUUGUUUUUGUCCAUUGUCCCACAGGGGAAUUUGGGGUUGCCUCAUCUCCUCUGUCAAGCCGUGCAUGUCCAUGCUUUGUUAUUCACAUCACAGAUAUUAUUAUAUUAUUUUGUAUCAUUUAUUGUCUCUGUUAUUACUGUAUUAUUUUCGAAGUCUUUUUUUUUUUUUUUUUUUUUUUUUUUUUGAGGAAAAACUGUAUGUAUGUAUGUAUGACGUUCUAGGGGUAGGCCUUAUUGCACAGGUUUGAGUUGUUUUGCACUGUUUUGAGGUGAUUCGCAUUGGAAAUUUUCAAAAAAAAGCAAAGAGUUGAUUUUGAAUCAGUGGUUGUGGAUUAACAUUUAAAAACAAAACUCAGUAGUGAGAAGAAUGGACUGAGUGUAGUGAGGGUUUUUAGGAUGUUUUAAGAGACUAGUGGCCUUGUCAACUAUCCAUUUUUUUUUUAUAGGAGCAUUCUUGUUUUUGGGGGCCUGUAGGGCCAGUGGCAACAGAGGGCAUGCUGAGGAUGACCAAGUUGGACUUUUUAAGUUGCAUCUUUCUGUUGUUGCAAAAAAAAGAAAAGAAAAAAAAAACGCAGCUCUCAUUUGGAGAGUAAGAGAGAGAAAGGUGGAAACGAAAAAAAAAGCAUGGCACACAAAAAGUGAAAUGCUUCUUUAAUUUGCUCUCCUCAAGCCAUUCUUUGCAGUGAACAUUUUGCUAGUGUUUAAUAUUGACUGCAUCUGAAUCUUGAUUUGUUUUUUGUUUUUUUCUUGAGAAAAAUGAAAAUCAUUAACCUGUGUAUUUGACGAUGACGACGAAAAAGAAGAAAAAUGAUAUGACCUCAUUAGCUAGUCAUAUGUGAUCCUUAUUCCAGCUGACCUGCUAACGUGUGUACUACGAUAUUGACGUACCAAGCCAAUCAUGUACCAUUUGUAAAUGGGCUCUUUAUGUAAUAAUCCAGCAUACAGUAUAUUUACAGGUAUUUAAAAAAAAAAAAAAAAGGAUGGAGAGAGCGCUGCGGGAUGGGCAUAGUGCAACACAGAUACGGUUUUAGAUGGACGGGUUAUGUCGUGUGGCUAGACGUUGGCCUUCUCAUGCGCUCCUAUCAGGAAUUAGCUCAUGUUAAAUUGCUCGGGGGUAGUCACACACACACACACACACACAUAUACACGCACGCACACAUACCAUAUAUGCACAUACAUACACAUACUUAGUUUCCCAUUGAAUCUCUAUGGGUAGUUUAAUGUGUGUUUUAUUUUUUUAAUAUUAUUAUUUUCUCUGUCUUGCAUCAAGAAUCCAGAUCCUGUGUGGUAGGAACACACCCCAGAUGGUUAGCCAGAUGAAAAGGGUUGUUCAAAAAGCUCCCGAUGAACGUUUUUCGAGGUGUGACCUAAUCGUCUGUAAGUGUUCAUCUGCCUAUUAAGUGAUGAUACUAUUUCAUUGAUGUUUUUUUUUGUUGUUGUUGUUGUUGUCUUAUUUUAUUUUUAGCUUUGUAUUUAAAUGAAGUAUAUAGGUCAUAUAAAAAUUUUCCCCUCUGGCGGGUUUUCGAAGCAACUGAAACUGUCGUGAUACCUAGCUUGCUGGCAAGUGUGUAAGUGUGGUAUUACCAUGUUUUAGUUUGUACAGAAAAAGACAUAACCUAUUGGUCAAUUCCAUUAUGCAAAGAGUGGCUCGCUCUCAUCGGAGAUGGGGGGCAGGUGGGAGUCGCCCCCUCGUCUGUGGCCCUGGAGCCUCCCCACCCCCUGUGCCCUUAGACCCCUUCACCCGGGUCACGUGACUCACUCGACGAUUGAAUGCGACGCACCUUCAUUUGCAUACCCUCAUGAAUAUUGAAAAG